UUUCUAUACAAGCGGAAGUGACUUGUGGUUUUUGCAAAGGGGAAUUUAGUGAGACAUUCGAAGUGUCAACAUUUCCGUCCCAGAGGUUAGACAGUUCUCUGACCAUGUCCCUGACAGAUGUCUGACUCCACAGCAAUGGGUUCAUCUCAAAGCACCACCAAUUCUGCAGGCGACACGACUCUUCCCCCGGAGCUGCUGCAGGAGAUCUUCGUGAACCUCCCUGCCCAUCAGGUGGUGCGAGUCUGUCCACUAGUUUGUCGUGAAUGGAGAGCAUUGGUCAACAGUGAGUGCCUGUGGAAGGAGCGGUGUCGGCGCGAGGGCUACAAGCCCGGCGAUGAAGCGGGGCAGGAUGUAGUCAAAGGCUGGAAAAUGUUCUACUUCCUGUCGAAAGACAAACGGAAUCUUCUCAAGAACACGAAGGCAGAAGAGGGCCUCAAAUAUUGGAACAUUCUGUCCAAUAAGGGAGAUGGGUGGGUGACAGAGGAAGUGAGGAGUCCCCACCCAAACGAGGGAACAACACAAACCUUUGUUAGCUCUUAUGGUCCAUGUAUUAAGUCUCAGCUGAUUGACCUGAGGAAGGAGGGGUACAACCACCACAUCAUGGAUAAGUUCCAGCCAGAUAUCAGAGUAUCGGAUUGUUGUGCUUCAAAAUUGUGUUUGAGGUAUGCCCCUCGAAACGACUGCGCUUGCGAGUACGAGAUACGGGUGGAGCUACUAGACAAAAAGAAGGACGCUCUUCAAGCCUUCUCUCCCAAGAAAGUUAGCUUUGAGCAGUGGAACGAUGAGAAAUGGAACAAGAUGACCCAUGUCUUUAGGAAGUACGGACAAGGGGUGCGAUAUGUUAAAUUUGUCCACGGCGGAAAUGACAGGCAGUACUGGAAAGGAUGGUAUGGAAUUCGAGUAACAGACAGCUGUGUUGAGAUUGGUCCACCGGAGGAUAGAUAACAAGGAUUCAACAUUGAAUAUAAAUUAAACGUAAUAUGUAAGCAUGCGGCACUUUAAAUGCAAAAUUGUGGGAUAUUGUCUAUUUUCUUUAAAUUACUGUUUGUCUAUCGUUUAACACUUGCACUCGCACCUAAUUGCUGCAAAUUAUAUGCAUAUUUUGUCCAAGUAAAAUAAAAUGUUUCUAAAGAAUUACUUAUCUAUAGUCGGAGCAGAA